AUGAAGGAUGACAUGCAAGUUGCAAUGAAAAUUCAGUACCCUGGUGUGGCAGAUAGCAUCAAUAGUGACAUUGAGAAUGGAACGUUACUUGGAGGUCAAGAUGUAGCAGUAAAAAGGCUUUUAGGUGUUUCCACUCAAGGCUUACAUGAAUUCAAGAAUGAGUAUCUGAAGGAGUUAGAUGAACUUAGAACUCAACUUGUAGCAACCAGAGCAACUGCUGAUCUCAAGACCAAGGAAUUAGCUCAAGAAUGGUUGCAUGCGGAAGAAUGGUUGCAACUCAAGCUCAAGACCAAGGAAUUUAAAGCAAAGUAUAAAUAUGAAGCAACAGAUAUGUUCAUAGGAGGGAUAGACACAACUACAGUUACUCUACAAUGCUCACUGGCAGAACUAAUUAACCAUCCGACUGUCAUGGAGAAAGCAAGGAAGGAGAUUGACUCUAUCAUUGGCAAAGAAAAAAUGGUAAUGGAAACAAAUAUAGAUAAUCUUCCUUAUCUCCAAGCCAUAGUGAAGGAGACACUAAGGCUUCACCCUCCAUCUCCAUUUGCUAUUGGUAGGGAUCCAAAGUACUGGGAUGACCCUCUUGAGUUUAGGCCUGAAAGGUUUCUUAGCAAUGAUAAUGAGAGUGGAAAAAUGGGUCAAGUUGGAGUCAGGGGACAGCAUUAUCAACGUUUGCCUUUUGGGAGUGGAAGAAAAGGGUGUCCUAGAGCUUCACUAGCACUAAAGGUUGCUCACACCACCCUUGCUGUUAUGAUUUAA